AUGGACUCUGAGCUCCUAGCGCGUGGCCUCCUGUAUCUCUCUCUGGCCGUGGCAGGAAUCCCGGGCAACAUCGCCGUGAUCUACGCCUUCCUGAUGGCACUGCACCACGAGCGGCGUCUCCUCACAGCCGACGCCAUUGUACUGCACCUGGCCCUGGCCAACCUGCUGGUGGUGGGCGUUCGCUGUGUGCUCGAGGUUUUCGCUACCUUCGAAAUCGCCAACGUUUUUGACGACGCCGGUUGCAAGGGCGUCAUUUUCGUGUACAGGACGGCACGUUCGCUUUCCAUCUGGCUCACGUUUGUGCUGAGCGCCUACCAGAGCCUGAGCAUCGCGCCCCCGGGGUCGCGCUGGGCGACCGCCCGGGACCUUUUCGGCCAGUUCCUUUGGCUCAUCUUCUUGGUCGUGUGGAUCAUCAACGUCGCCGUGAGCUCGCCGUCCGUCGUCUUUGCCGUGGGCGCUAAGAACAACUCCAAGCUCCUCCAGAACAGCAUCAACGUGCAGUUCUGCUUCAUCAAUUUCCCCUCGGUGAGCGUCAAGGACGCCAACGGAGCGGUGCAGACCGUCAGAGACGUGGUGCCCAUGGCGCUCAUGACCACCGCCAGCCUCAUCAUCCUCGUCUUCCUCUACAAACACAGCCGGCAGGUCAGAGCUAUCCGAGGCGGAGGUGGCGGCGGCGGUGGAGGAGGAGCGGGGGGUUCUGCCGAACGCAGGGCGGCCGUUACGGUUGUCACGUUGGUGACGCUGUAUGUCAUGUUGUACGGAGUCGACAAUGGGCUUUGGGUCUACACCAUCAUGGUGAAACAGACGAUGUCCUCUGCACUCAUCUCAGACCUGCGCAUCUUCUUCUCGUCCCUGUACGCCGCCAUGAGCCCCGUCGUCAUCAUCGUGUCCAAUAAGAAAGUGAACAAACAUCUGAGCUGUGGCAGCGAGGAGAAGACGGCAGGCCGGUCAGCGUAACGCUCGAAACAGCGACGCUAACCAGUCUGCGUGUCAGUGUUAAUGUCCUGAUUACAGCUUUAACAGGCCUGAACUACUGCCAUGCUGUACCUACCUCUGUUACGAAGGGGUGUGUGUGUGUGUGUGUCUGUGUGUGUGUGUGUGUGUGAGAGAGAACUAAAGUCAAGAAUUUUAAAAGUAUAAUAAAUGUAUAAAGUACAAAGACGACGCAAAUACGUGUGUGUACGUUUAUUACGUGACGG